GAUUCACACACUCAACAAACCAGCUGAGCACAAUAGACACGUGGUAAUCUCACAGGCGCCUUUCUAGAUCUCCUGAUAGCAUUGGCUGCUUCGUUCUUGUGUCUGGUGUAGAAAUGGAGGGGAUUGUAGAAGGCUGUCUGGGGUUUCUAUACGAUCUGCUGGUGGUAGUCUGUGCUGGGCUGCUGCUUCUGCGGGUUGCUGAGGGCUGGUCAGUGAGGUGGUUGGUGUUGCUUCUGGUUCCUGGAGUGACGUUGAGCUGUUUGGUCCAUUCAAGUGCCCUUAAAGUAGGCCUUGUGAGUGUGCUGUGUAGUGUCAUCCACUAUGUAGGGAGAGAAGGGGUCACGUUGCCUACCCAAAACAAGGCGGUACUGAUCACAGGUUGUGAUUCGGGUUUUGGUCAUGAUCUGGCCAGGUUUUUAGACAGCGCAGGGAUGAGGGUGUUUGCAGGGGUUCUGGAUGAACUCAGUCCUGGUGCUCUGGAGCUUAAGAAAGCUGCAUCACCAAACCUCACCGUCCUACAGUUAGACAUCACCAACAGCAGCCAGAUCACACAGGCUCUCCAGUACAUCCAGAGCCAAACAGGUGAAACGGGACUCUGGGCACUAGUGAACAAUGCCGGAGUGCUGGGAUACUUGUGUGAUGGAGAAAUUCUGCCAAUUAAAAUGUACAAAAAAUGUUUAGACGUGAAUUUUAUUGGUAGUGUGGAAAUCACACAAGUCUUUCUGCCUCUGAUAAGGCAAUCAAAAGGACGACUCAUCAAUAUAUCAAGUAUGGCAGGAGAAGUUCCACUUCCUGGGUUCGCAGGAUAUGGGGCAUCUAAAGCAGCGCUGAUCUCGUUCAGUGGAACGAUUAGACAGGAACUCUCACGCUGGGGAGUCAAAGUCAUCAUCAUUCAGCCUGGAGGUUUCAAAACAAAUAUUCUGGGCAGCAGAGAGCAGUGGAAUAGCGCUCAGGAGGACGUCCUCGGCGGUUUGUCUCAGGAAGCGAUGGCGUCUUACGGAGAAGAGUACAUCCGCUCGAUGCAGCAGCGGCUGGUCCACAUGUCCUCAGUAUCAAGCUCAGACACGGGGCCGUUUCUGGAGACUUUAAAACAUGCGAUACUGUCCUCAAGACCAAAACCCUUCUAUUACCCCGGCGCCUCAGCGUGGGCUUUUCCAUUGCUCUACAGACACUGUCCCACCUCACUGUCAGACAGAAUCCUCUCACGAAUGUUUAUGAGCAGUGAUCCUCAACCUGCAGAAGUCUUGAAUUCUUGAUUUGUGCUUGCUGACGCACACUUCACAUUUACAUUGGAUGAAUUCAGGUAAAGUGGGCCGUUGAUUGUACCGUGCUUUCCGAGCAUAACAAUGGUUUUUAAUUAAAGGGACACUAUUUCUAUAAAUAAUAAAAUAGUUUUGGUUGGUGCAAUAUGACAGUGUUAAGUGUGGCCACACUUCAAAUGGUGGUAAACCGUUUAACGUAAGAUUUUUAUUUGUAAAUUAUAAGGUUGCUCACUAAAUGUAGCAAACAGAAAUGAGACUGCAGUCAGGAAUUCAAGUCAGGGAUGGAAGAAAUUAAAGAGUGGAUAGAAAGGAAGUCGAGGCGUCUGUGGAGUGAGGAAAGGAUAAGAGGAAAAAUAUAUAUAAAACUUUUAAAAUUACAUUUUAAUUUUAAAAUAAAAUAAAAAAAUGUUUAAACUAUUUAGAGAGCAUAAAAAGAAAAAACAUUUUUACAUAUUGUUAACAUUUUAAAUGUUUCUCUUAUAAUUUUUUUUUUACCCUAGUCAUUGUUGGUUGUGUUAUAGUCACAUCUUUAAUAUAUUGAAGACUUUUUUUAAAUCAAUAUUCUGAUUUCUGAAUAUUCUGAUAUUAAGAUUUCAUCGAAUUUAAUGUCAGCGCAACAUGUUCUUUCAAUUUGUUUGGAAUUUUACAUGUGGAUUUACACAUGAUUUAUUUUACUCUUAACCUGUAGGUCAUAUA